CCGAUUUGAUCAUCAUAUUUUCCAACGGGAAUCUCUUAGAAGUGUUUGAUUUGCUACCAAGUUGAUGGAAGAAAUUGGUUUUAUCUAUUAACAGGUAGAAACGGUAGCUCAGUGAACGGGCCAUAUAAUCGUCGGUUAGUCGGAGUCGUUUCGCCUCCCAAAACUAACGGGCGGACUAUUAUCGAGGUAUUCUCAAAAAUAUUCUGAUAAGAACUUGAACGGAAACCGGUUUAGUGGAUUUUUGUGGAUGAUUCUCCCCCUGUUUUAUAUUUCGUGUGCUUUUCUCCCCUUCGCAUCUCCCUCUCUUCCUCUGUCCAAAUUUCUCGUCGGCCACCGAUGGUAGCCUGCCUGCUGCACAGCCACACGCCCGUCGCCGCUGCUCGCAGCCCCCACCUUCCUCGCUUUCCCAAACCCCUCUCGGCGUUUCCCUUCUGCCGGCGCCCCUCCCUCUCCGACCGUCCAUCUACUCCCCGAACCGUCAAUGCCGUCGGGCCCAACUCGUCUUCCUUCCCCAAUCCUCAAAAACAGAUUCAGCAGCAGCAGCAGGUGAGGACUUUGUUCCCCGGCGGGUUCAAGCGGCCGGAGAUUAGUGUCCCCGCCUUGGUGCUCCGAUUAAGCGUUGACGAGUCGCUCGAAAGGGGGGCCGAAAUUGACUUUGCCUUGCCCAAAGGAGUCGGAGUGGUUGUGCUCGACGGUGGCGCGUGCUCUGAAAUCAUUGGUCGGCGACAGGGCCUACCUUCUAAUUACUCUCCAUUUGUGGGAACAACUUGAUUCAAUUUAAUAUUUACACAUGUAGGUACAUAUAUAUUAUUUUGUUAUACUUCCUCUGUAUUGUGUGAGAUCCAGUGGGAAAGUUAGAGAGAGAGUGAAAUCACAAUGUCAUUUAAUGGACGAUACACUGAUCAGGGAUAUAGGGGUACCAGUGGUGAAGAUUGUACAAAGUUGCUAGUAGGCAACUAACAUGAGAUGAGACCUAAAUGGGCAAUGAUGGAUCAAGCAUAACACGAAUGAUGAGAGGAAGAGAAAAAGAGAGAAGAAGAAGACCAAGAGGAAGAAUACUUAGUAGGCAACUUGCCCACUAUGAGCAAUGCAUGGGCGAAUUUAACUCUGGAAAAUCUACUAUUAUCAAUGCCCUUCUUGGACAGAGAUAUCUCAAGGAAGGAGUGGUUCCUACUACAAAUGAGAUCACAUUGCUUUUGCAUUCUGAGACAGAGUCCGCCAAAUACAGCCGCUGUGAAAGAAAUCCAGAUGGACAAUUUAUAUGUUAUUUGUCAUCUCCAAUACUCAAACAAAUUGAGACAACAAAAUCUCGAGCACUGAAGCUGACAUAUUCCCUCCUCAGAUUGUCAAAUAUUGAUCUUAUUCCUGCAUAUGCUUUGAAAGCAGAAAGAACUGGUUCUACCUUCACUAUCUCAACUUUCCAAAAUGACAUCAUUAAUCCUGCUCUUUCUGAUGCACGAGUAUGUUUUUUGUUCUAAUUUAUAAUUUCAGAUGUUCCUUUCA